AUGGCGUCUGUUGUAGAUACCGACAGGAUUGGAGCAGACGCGAUCGGACGCAGAAUAGAUGGUGCUGAUGAAAAGACAUUGAUCACUCGUUCUGAGGAAUAUGGCGAACAGCAGCAGCCAUCUGGUCUCGAGCGAUACAUUAACCAUUCCUCUGUUGUAAACUUCGGCGUAAUCAUACUGGCAUCAUGGGAGUCUUUCGCCGUAACGUUCCAAUUCGCGUUAGCGAAUGGUGGCCCUGCUUCGAUGUUCUACGGCUCGAUCCUGGCUGGCUUCGGAGCUUGUGCCGUCGGAUUUUCACUCGCUGAGCUAGCAUCAAUAGAUCCGACUGUCGGCGCGCAGUAUCGUUGGUCUGCAAAUCUUGCCCCUAGCGCAAACAGAUUCUGGGGUUUACUUCAGGGAUGGAUCACUACUGCUGCGUGGUGCUUCGCCUGUGGGGGACCACCAUCAAUCCUGGCAAACAUCAUCACGUCCCUAGCCAUCUUCAACUAUGAUAACUAUGCGCCAGAGCGAUGGCAUACUAGUCUCAUCAUGAUUGGUACUCUCGUCUUGCCCUUUCUAUUUAAUCUCUGGUUUCGAAAGUUUCUCAAUGCGUUCGAGAUAAUUGGCGGGGUCUUGCAUAUUGCUUUGUUCGUGGCCUUCAUUGUUAUUCUCGCUGUCCUUGGACAACGCAGCAGUUCCGACUACGUUUUAAAGACGCUUACAUCUGACGUCUCGGGAUGGAAUGAUCCCGGAGUAUCAUGGGGUUUGGGACUCUUAACGAUAACGUUCUCCGUAACGGGAUUUGACAGCGUCAUACACAUGAGCGAUGAAGUAAAGAAAGCUAGAACACGCGUUCCACGAAGCGUCAUUCUUGCCUGCGUCGUCAACUCAGUCAUGCUUUUUGUGUUUGUUACGAUCUUACUCUUCUACAUUGGACCUCUGGACGACCUUUCUACAGCCCCGUUGCCGCUCAUCUACGUAACCUACAAUGCGACUGGCUCGAAAGCUGCCUCCAACACUCUCGUCUCCCUGGUAGCAGUCAUUAUCUUCUUCGCCUCAUUCAACAUGUUGGCGUCAGUAUCCCGUCUAGUAUGGAUGUUCGCGAACGACAAGGGCUUGCCAUUCUCCCGCUUUUUCUCGCAUCUUGACGUUCUAUCACAGAUCAGUCCUACUUUCAAGUUACCAAUGAAUGCCUUGCUACUCAUUGGGAUUAUAGUCACAUGUCUUUCCCUGAUCUACAUCGCCUCGGCCACAGCUUUCAACGCCCUGAUCUCUCUCCAGGCUUUGGCUCUUCAUGUAUCGUACUUUUUCCCGAUCCUUUUUCUCUUACUCCGGAAAGUUCGCGGCCCGCCACCGCCAUACGGACCCUUCAAGCUAGGAGCUGUCGGCGUUCCGGUCAAUCUCUUCGCGCUCAGCUACUUGAUAUACGUUGUGUUAUGGAUGCCGUUCCCACAAGUCUUGCCAGUCACCAAGGACAACAUGAAUUACGCAGGUCCAAUAUUUGGAGCAGUCUUGAUAGGUGCGCUUGCCGAUUGGUUUGUGAGCGGAAGGAAGAGGUUCCAAAUGCCUCUGAGGAAAUAUGAGUAA